CAUAUAAAAUGGAACUUCUUGCCCUCUUCACGUGACCUCCCACCACCACUUCCUCGCAUUUGUUAUGGCUCUCGAGGAAACUAUUACAACUAUAUACAAUAAAUCCAUCCAAUCCUCUUGAUCGUCACUGAAGCCGAUUUCGCCGACGAAUAGCAACCAUGGUUUAUACUCUUAGCGUCCACCUCUACUGCAACGAGGACCCCCAGUCUAUCCCCCGCCUCAAGGCCAAGCUUGUCGAAGCUGCUCGGAUCUACCGCAAGGAUCGUGAGACAAUUGAUUGGCUUGUUAUGCAAGACGUUCAUGACCCUCGGGCAUUUACCAUCGUUGAGCGAUUCGAGAACGAGGCCAGCCAGAAAUACCACCUUGAAAACCCAUACUGGCUCACUUUUGACCCCUAUGUCAUCCCCCUCCUCUCCAAGCCUAUGGACCUCCGCCGUCACGAGGAGCUCGAUACGAGCAAGGAUGUUAAGGUUCCAGUAUGAUUGGAAUUUUUGGUGAGAUACCAAUCAGGUUGUAUCAGCUGAACUCUGGCUAGCUGUGUAUGAUUGCAUGACUAUGAGGAUUGGGAAUGCAAAGAGCCUGCUUGCCCCAAGUUUAACAGCAGCCUAAAUUUAGUUGGUAAUCAAACCAUGAUGGCCAGAACUUGACAGAAACGUUGAUUCCACUCAACCUGUAACAUAAUCGUGAGGCUACCACUCACCCGCCACUCCACUCCAGGCAUGCCACUAUAUAUGAAGA